CUGGAGAAGAAAAAACCGCUGCUCGCCUGAACAGCUUUAGCCCCUCGAGUUAUAAAAAUAAAAGCACGUUAUUGUGUCUGGCUCUGAGGAUUUAAAACCCUGAGCUGUGUGAAGACAUGAACACAGAGACAUCCAAAGAUGGAGGGACGUCAGAAGUCCGUGUGAAGAAAGAGGAGACGCUGGAGCUGAAUAUCUCCAACCAUGGAGACGACCUCGACAACCCACCUGAAUGUCUUUCCAUUAACAUGGAAGAUCAUGACAAUAAAGGCUACCUCUACUGUGAAGUUUGCAAAUCCUUCUUCAACAAAUGUGAGGUUCAUGGACUGCCCCUCUUCAUCUCAGAUACUCCUGUUCCCAUGGGAGUCUCUGACCGAGCCAGACAAACUCUUCCUCCUGGGCUAGAAAUCAAGAAGUCCAGUAUUCCUGACGCAGGCCCGGGAGUGUUUAAUAAGGGGGAGACGAUUCCAGUAGGUGCACACUUUGGACCCGACCAGGGAGAGCUGGCAAACCGAGAGGAAGCCAGGAAAAGUGGAGACUCCUGGGUUAUAUACAGGAGCAUGCAGUGUGAAAAAUACAUCGACACCAAAAGAGAGAUGCAUGUGAAUUGGAUGAGGUAUGUGAAUUGUGCCCAUAAUAAUAAAGAACAGAAUCUUGUGGCAUUUCAGUAUCGAGGGGGAAUUCUGUAUCGUUGCUGUCGACCCAUUAACCCAGGACAGGAGCUCUUGGUGUGGUAUGAAGAGGAGGGCACCAAAGAACUCAGUCCUGCACCUACAGGAACAACCAGACAGAAAGAAGUAAAGAACACUUUGCUGCAAGUCUUUUCCUGCUCCACAUGUCCUCGUUCCUGUGCAUCUCAAAUUGACCUUGACCAGCACAUCCAGAGAUGCCACGAUGAAGAGUCUGUGAGACUUCAGGAAUCAAGAGAGAUUAAAUAUGAACUUCAGAUCCCCUCCAAAUGCUCCAGUAGUCAGCCAACAUCAACUGAUACUUUCAGUUCUGACACUUCUCAUAAUGAUGUAGAGAAGGAAAUUCACCACAGCUCAGACUGUGGAAAAAGUUUUGGUCAUCAGAAUGCACUCAAAUGGAACCAGUGCAGUCACAAAGGAGUAAAGCCACAUGACUACUCACAGUGUGGGAAGAGUUUUACUGAACAGAGUGCUCUCCAACGACACCAGCGCAUUCACACAGGAGAGAAGCCGUAUCACUGCUCACAGUGUGGGAAGAGUUUUACUCGUCAGAGUCAUCUCCAACAACACCAGCGCAUUCACACAGGAGAGAAGCCGUAUCACUGCUCACAGUGUGGGAAGAGUUUUACUGAACAGAGUGCUCUCCAACGACACCAGCGCAUUCACACAGGAGAGAAGCCGUAUCACUGCUCACAGUGUGGGAAGAGUUUUACUCGUCAGAGUCAUCUCCAACAACACCAGCGCAUUCACACAGGAGAGAAGCCGUAUCACUGCUCACAGUGUAGGAAGAGUUUUACUCGUCAGAGUGCUCUCCAAAUACACCAGCACAUUCACACAGGAGAGAAGCCGUAUCACUGCUCACAGUGUGGAAAGAGUUUUACUGAACAGAGUGCUCUCCAACGACACCAGCGCAUUCACACAGGAGAGAAGCCGUAUCACUGCUCACAGUGUGGGAAGAGUUUUACUCGUCAGAGUCAUCUCCAACAACACCAGCGCAUUCACACAGGAGAGAAGCCGUAUCACUGCUCACAGUGUAGGAAGAGUUUUACUCGUCAGAGUGCUCUCCAAAUACACCAGCACAUUCACACAGGAGAGAAGCCGUAUCACUGCUCACAGUGUGGAAAGAGUUUUACUUGUCAGAGUCAUCUCCAAACACACCAGAGCAUUCACACAGGAGAGAAGCCGUAUCACUGCUCACAGUGUGGAAAGAGUUUUACUCAGCAGAGUGCUCUCCAACAACACCAGCGCAUUCACACAGGGGAGAAGCCGUAUCACUGCUCACAGUGUGGAAAGAGUUUUACUCGUCAGAGUGCUCUCCAACGACACCAGCGCAUUCACACAGGAGUGAAGCCAUAUCUCUGCUCACAGUGUGGGAAGAGUUUUACUCAGCAGAGUCAUCUCCAAACACACCAGCGCAUUCACACAGGAGAGAAGCCGUAUCUCUGCUCACAGUGUGGGAAGAGUUUUACUCAUCGGAGUAAUCUCCAGCAACACCAGAGCAUUCACACAGGAGAGAAGCCGUAUCGCUGCUCACAGUGUGGGAAGAGUUUUACUUAUCGGAGUAAUCUCCAACAACACCAGAGCAUUCACACAGGAGAGAAGCCGUAUCACUGCUCACAGUGUGGGAAGAGUUUUACUCAGCAGAGUAAUCUCCAACAACACCAGCGCAUUCACACAGGAGAGAAGCCGUAUCACUGCUCACAGUGUGGGAAGAGUUUUACUCAUCGAAGUACUCUCCAAACACACCAGAGCAUUCACACAGGAGAGAAGCCGCAUCACUGCUCACAGUGUGGGAAGAGUUUUACUCAUCAGAGUGCUCUCCGACGACACCAGCGUAUUCACACAGGAGAGAAGCCGCAUCACUGCUCACAGUGUGGAAAGAGUUUUACUCAGCAGAGUAAUCUCCAACAACACCAGCGCAUUCACACAGGACAGAAGCCGUAUCACUGCUCACAGUGUGGGAAGAGUUUUACUUAUUCAGUUACAUUUAAAACCCACAAGUGCAAUAACUCCGAGACACUGCAUGAUUUAAAGUUGUCAAAUUAAAUUUGUUUUUUAUUCAUGCUUUUGCUGAAAAUGUCCUGUACUUUGAUCCCAAUUGUUCAUAUUAAAGGACUACAUAUUUUAAAACAA